UGUGUGGUAAACGCUACGAGCAAGGCUAGACAGUCAGUAUGGCGGAGGGGAGCAGAGUGAGCUACUCAGAGGGGCUAGAAAAGCAGUUAGAGAGCCUACUGAGCCGCUACUCAGGUGACGAAUCCGGAGUUGACAGCGAGCUGUUCUGCGCUGAUUUCUGCAAGGUGGUGGAGGAAUCUGCCUCUCACUGGCGCGUCCCGCUGCCUCGCCUCAGGAUCCUCCAAGUGGCUCUGCGGCAGUUUUCUCGAGCCUCGGCCUUCUUCCCAACAAGCUGUGAUCAUGUAGGCCACACCAUCAGCAGUCUGGCGCUGAGUGUGUUUGAGUUGCUGCUGUUUUUUGACCAGACGGAUUUCAACGAGGAGCCAUUAAAACAUUUCACUGAUACAUUCCAGGAGUGUCAUUCAGUCUUAGUGAAGUAUGAAAAUGUUUUUCUACUUCAAGUGGAGCGUUUCCUCCAGCAGGGCGGACCGUGGGCCAGCACCGCCUUACAGGCCAUCCUCAGUGAAUCCAGUUUACCUCAGAUUGAAGUGGAUCGUUACAUUAGCUCUGAGCCGCCGGUGUUCCUCGACCUCCGCGUUCGCUACCUUUCAUCCUGCGGUCGCCGCAGCGACGCUGCAGCUCUGGCUAAAUGCUGUACUCGGUGUCCCGCUGCAGGACAGCCGCUGUUCUUCCUCCAGGUCUACCUCUCAUGGCUUCUCAGAACAACACAGCACGACUGCCUGCACCAAGAGGUGGCUGACAUUAACGGCAAAGAUGCUCUACACAUCAUCUGCAACCUGGAGUGUGAGGAGACGGAUGAGAUGCUUUUAGCUCUCAGCACUGCCUUCCUGUCUCAACAGCUCCAGAGAGGAGACAUGUACUAUCUAUGCGAGCUGGUCCUGGUGUGGACCAGCCUCCAUAGACGGUUAAAGACGUCCAAACAGACUCUGUUGGAAGCUUGUCGUCAACUGAUGCUGUCCGCCACAAACGUCAAAUCAAUCUUUCCCUUCAUCAGAGCCGUGCUGCAGGAGGUCGGUGAAGACGGAGUGCAGUUCUGUGUGGAGCUCUGUGCCAACGCUCUGAGAUCCUGUCUUCCAUGCGACGUCCUCACAAAGGGGCUCAUUUAUAAAACCAUCGCCGGGCUGCUGCCCAGCGACCUAGACGUGUGCCGGGCAUGUGCUCUGCUUGUCUUCUUCCUGGAGCGCACCGUCGAGUCCUACAAGACGGUGUACCUGCUCUAUAUGCACCCUGACCAGGAGUACCAUGUGGAUGACAGCCCGAUAGGGAAUAAUGUUCGCUUUGAGACCCUACAGGUUUUGAAGAAGGACUUGUAUUUUGACCCGGAGUUCUGGAACCUCAUUGCUUUGCGGACCAACUGUUUGAAGCUGAUGAGUGAGAAGGUGGUUAGUGCCGCUCUGGAAGAAAUUAUGGAAGACAAAUGGAUCUCCAAGUAUUGCACCAAGGGUUCUGCUCUCCGCUCAGUUUGUCAAAGAGGACCUGCUGUUAAAAAACGACAUAAGGAAGAUAGAUUUUGUAAAACAGAUUCAAACACUGCAACCAAAAGAUUUAAGAUGGACUCUGAGAAAAUGUGCGUAAAUAGUCAUGCUCUAAGAAGAAGAGGCAACCAGGGGUCACAAGCUUUGAGAGAAUCUUCUUCUGGACCUUUGAGGCGCUCAUUUUGGCAGCUUGACAGAAUACAUGGCAGUUUGACACUGAGGUAUGACGAACAUCGACGCACUACAAGGUUUUCUGAGAGAAACCUGCCGAAACGAAAGAUCAAGAAGCCCAAGUGGCUCCUGGACGAUUCAGGAACGCUGGAGAACGUUCCGCUAAAGAUGAAAAGGAACGGACUGAAACCACAAAAGCUUCUGAGAUCCUGUGUAAUGAAAAGAUCCCAAACCAGUCCCAUGAAAAACAAUGCCAAACUCAAACCCCAAGUACACAGUCGUCUGAAGCCGAAGGAGAACAAGUACCAGAACGGGUUCUCUUUGGAUCCAGUGAAACCGGCAAACCCUCCCCAAAUCAUCCUAGAGUUGUCUCUUCCAGACAACGAACUGAUGGAUACGUUUAGUGACGAUUCUUGCAACCGACCCAAAAGGUUCUCUCAAAUGCUUCUUUAUAAACAAACAGUGAAAUAUCCUGAUACUUCACCUCCAACGAAGACGGGGCACGGCAAAGAGGUGAUUCUAAGAUCGCGGGAUGCCACCAUGUUUGUACAGCUGCUGCACUGCUACGCACGGCGGCAAAAAGGAAAAGGUAGCGGCUCGAACGUUCAUAGCUCCGUGUCGACAAUCACACGUUCGUCGGCACAAGGCAGCCCUUCAAAGGAUUCAGAAUCAUGUGAGAGGCCUGUCUCCGGGCCUAAAGGUACCACACCAGAAAAGGUCAAAGAGAGGGGGCUGCAUGUUUCAGAAAAGCUUCCUAAAGCUCAAAGCACAAAAGAAGCCCUUGAUUUCUCUGGAAUCUCUCAAGCUGAAACGGAAAAGGACUUUCAAAAUGAUCCAUCUGAAAGUUCUCCUGCUGUGACGGAAGGAACCACUGCGUCGCUGACUGCAGCAGCACAAGUGGCAGAAACUGCAAACGUUCAAGACUUCCCACAAGCUGAGUCCAUCGCCUCAGGUGGAGAAGCAUUUGAGGUGUCAGCUGUUGAAAUGAAAGUAACCAUUGCCUCACAAGCCUCGGUUUUAGCCAAAGUCUCCAAACCUCCAAUAAAAGAAGAUGUAGACCAAGUUUCACAAAUCUCAAAGAUGGUGAAAAAUAAGAAGAAAUCUACAGAUGAAGUCCAGUUGGCUUCGAUUAACAAUAGUGACUCAGAUAAUGAUCUUUUUUCUCGAUCUGAAGAUGUUGGACUCAACAGCGUAGAACAGGAAAUCAAGUCCCUGUCCUCUCAGGAAGACGGCAGCAAGAACUCCAAGGCAGGCAGUGACGCUGCCAGCCUGGCUGCUGCAGAGAUGUUGAGGAAAACUCCAAAAGGAAAGGCGCCUCAUAGAAAUGACAAAAGCCUUGUUAAAAAUAUCAGUUUAGCUGCUGCUUGUAGUUCCGACAAGUCUAUAUGGAUGUUGCCAACAGAGCUGGUCACUGAACUUUCACCUGAGCAGCUUACAGAUCAAGAUCAAGGCUACUCUAAAGGCCUGGCAGGUAAAGGCAAGCCUAAGCAUUCUCAGAAAACAGAAACUACCUCUAACAACGCUGUGCGGGAACAGGAGGUGGCUGCAGUUGAUGUGCAGGUUAAAAAGGAAAAUUCAAAAGCUCAGGAUACUCGUUCAGAAACAUCUGAGAACAGUGAGCUUAUGGAAACGGCUCCAGAAACAGAGGAAUCCAAGCUGGAGCAUUUCUGUACCUACUGCAACAAGUUCUUCAUGGGGGCUCGGGUUGUAGAGCAUGCAAUGUUCCACUUCCGAAAAGACGAGUGCACUUUCUGCAGAACGGUCUUCAAAGAUGACCUGUUGGCCAUGGUGCACCUCUCUGAUCAUAUAGAGAAAAUGAAGAGGUUGAAAACUGAAGAAACCAGCGUUGCUACACCAAAAACCUCAGCCAAAGCGAAGGCAACAAACGUGCCUUCUGGACACAAAGAGAAACUCAAGAACUCUGCAUCUGAACCCAGAACUUUAAGAUCUAAUCAAAAGCAAAUGGGUGUAACAUCUUCACAUGACAAACAAACAUCCAAGCAUGUCAUUGGAGAAACUACCGUCCACAGGGUAAACGGGCAUAUUGGCAAAAAAGAGUCUAAGAAAUUGAAGAAAGACUCUGAUUUCAAGCAGGAACCUGUACAGCAACUGAGUUUUGAUAAAAAAAGGCGUCACCGAGUGUUUGAUUCAAGGUUGGAAGAAAAUAAGCUAAUUGAAUCUGAAAGUCCAGUACCGGGCCAAACCAAUAAGGAGCUGAAGUCUUCAGACGAUGGAAAGAAAAGAAGAGAAUCUUUACAACUUCAAGAAACAUACUCUAAUCCAAUUGUUGAUGUUGACGUUCAGGAGGAGAAGGUUUUCUGCCCUGCAAAAAGGUGCUCCUGGUUUACAAACCUCUCAAAGAACCGAGUUGGCCUGCUGUACCAUGCUCUGGACAAACACUACGGUGACAUCAAGCCUUUAGAGCUGGCGUUUCGCGUUGCAAGGAGCAAAUGCAGUAUCUGCAUGAGGGUGAUGUGGAGCUUCGAACACUUCCAGCACCACAUUGAGAGACACCGACUUGUCCCGAGGCACCCCUGCCUUCACCGGGGCUGCAAGGCCAGGUUCAAGAGCGGAAUGGAAAUGCGACGGCACACCAGAAAGCACAGUCCGCUGCAGGCGAUGUGCUGUCGCCCCGGAUGCUCUCAGCUUUUCAUUUGUCUCUGGGCACUGAAUCUUCACGAAAGGGAACACUAUGCUUCCAAGACAGCUGAGCCAGACUCAAAUGCAAAUGCACAACGAGGUGAAAGAUUGUCUACAACACCUGAUGGAAAGAAAACUCAAAGCUCAGAUGACCCCGUCAGGUUCACGUCCCUUAAGUUAAAAGAACAAACAAAGGGCUCUUUAAGAAGACGCAUUAAAGUUCCUCUUACUGUCAGAACAGCAGCUCAACAACACAAGCUUAGAGUUAGAAACAAAAGCAUUGAUUCUGAAAAAGACACUUCCCCUCAACCCAAGUCUAUAAAUCUUAGGUUGAGACAAACAUUAAGUAAAGGCCAAGUGACAAGCCAAGCUCCCAAAAGUCAUAAAGUCGUCUCAUCAUCUUUGUUAAAACACAAAGCUAAAGUGAAGAAUAGGAAUAGGUUAAAGUUAAAGAAUGCCAGAAUAGCCACUCGAGGUCUUAAGAAAAGAAGAUGUCCUCCAAGGUUGAGCAAAACUGUGGCCGGUCAGAAAAUACUCGCUCAAGACGCGAAAGAGAACAGUGAUCUCGAUCAAAAGGACGUGACGACAGAAAUGACAUCGAAUGAUUCAGAGAUCAAGCAGAUUAAAACUAAGCAAAUCUCUAGCAGUAAAUUUCAGUCCACCAGUUUAAAACAGUCUGGCCUCACCAGACAGAAGUCGGCGGAUGGCAGAAAGAAACUUCGAAAAGUCAAGAAUCACUGCGUGUCUUCAGAUUCUAGCAAGUUGAAGAAAACCAAGUCUGGAAGAGUUGAAGCGACUAAAAAGGCUGGCAAGAUACGUCAAGAACCAAACUCUGCUUCGAGAGCGUCUGCGGAGUGCGAACCGGUUAAAGUCAAAGCAGUGGUUGAAAUUUCUGCUGAUGAGAAGGCGAAUAACCAAGAUUCACUUCUGGAGGAGUCCAGUAGCUCUGUCCCAGCAGAAGGUGCUGAGAAGAUGUCAGGGGUUAGGAAAGAAGAAAGCACCAACGCUGCUGCUUUGAGCUCUGGCAAGCCACAGAAGAAAGGUGAAAUGUUGAAGAAAAAGCUCAAUCAGAAAGGCAAAAACCAAACCUUAGAAAACCUCUCCAAAUCCACUGUGGAAGCCAAAGAGCAGGAUAAACAGGUGAAAGCUAAAGGAGCAGAGGGGAUAUUAAAGGGGUUGAAAAAGUUAAUAAAGAGCACUCUUGUUGAGAAAGAAAAGAGGAAGGAAGCACCUGAAACUGCAGCUCUAAAUGCAUCCCCUCCAUCAAUUCCUACUGACAUUUUAACUGCUUGUCCAUCCAGAGUCCCUGAUGCAAACGAGCAGAGCAUUAAUCAGAAGGAAAAACGAAAGAAAUCAAAAAUUACACACAAGUCUGAAACCAGUAGAGCAACGAAGACGCGUAAAGAGAUUAAUAAAGACAAGACACGAAAGCUUGCCAAGAAAAAAUGUAAAGAGGGCAAUCAGCCAGCAGCUGGCAAAGGAAAUCCUCCAAAACAACCUUCUCCGUCUGACAUUAAUUCUGCUAGCAGCUCUCUAACGCUCAAAGACAAAGAAUGGAAGGAGGGAGUCGUUUCCAUGCCGUGUAAGAAAACCCUCGCGGCAUACGGCAAGAAGCCAUACCUGCGCCUGCCGCCCACUGCGUACCUGGACGAAAAGUACACCGCCAUGCCGAAGCGGAGGAAGGAGUCGCCGCUCUUCCAGUCUAACAUCGUCCUCGAGUCGCCCUGCCUGAAAGCGGCUCUGCAGAGGCACCGGUGCGCCAAGUGCUUCUCUACUUUCAGCUGCGCCGAGGAGCUGCAGAGUCACAGCCAGCAGCAGAAGUGCUCAAAUCUGUUUGGGUUCGACUCUGACGAUGAGGGUAACGGCUGAGCCAGAAGAAUCACAAAGCUAUAGGAUGCUAGCCAAGCUAGCACCAAACUGCAAGGAACCAGAGGACUGUGAUCGUACCUCAGCAACUCCGCGCUCCCAAGACACAGUCCCAGAACUUAACAGGAACAAACAUUGGACGCUUCAGUGGAGCGAACAUAAAGCCCUAAAGAAACGUCUGAACUGAACCCUUGGGAGGUUGAUGAACGGCAGUACUGAAGUGCCUCCUCUGGAACCGCCGUGUUGCGUCGCCCCGUAUGGAGACUAAACCACACAAAAGUAACGCAUAAAAACAAGGCUACAAAUGUUUCCAUUAGUAAGCCAUAGAGUGACAUUGGUCUCUUUUUGCACUGUUCUCAUAAGAAAGAGUUGAUUUGUUCUCGUAUUAAAGAGAUUUGGAAUUGAAAAUUCAAUUUUAUCAUCUUAGGGUCCUAAUUUAGACUGAGUCUAAACUACAGAGUUGUAAGGUAGCUGUGUGCGUCUUCAGUAAGAGUUUUUUUUUAAUGUAUAACUCUUGUUUAAAUACUAAUUGUAUUUCCUAUUGAGAAAAGGAUCCUUAUGGGGCUCGUUCAGCUCCACACUGCUUGUCCUUGCGGUAACCAACCAGUAGAGAGCAGUGUGCUCUAACCUUGAUCUAGUCAUCGAGGUAAGUUCCCGUUUUUCCUGUUCAGAGAAGAUUUAAGGAUACGCAUUGCUUUGUCACCUGAAUGCUUUCUGACACGCUAAAGCUGCUCACUUUUUAUUUACCACUGUGUUGACUUGAGAAAUGGCUCCAUUUUUGAUAGCUCAUAGCAAAGCUGUGUGCAAGUUAACAAUAAUUAUGAACCAGAAAAUGUGCCAGUGACCUACUAAUUUAUCAUGAUUAUUUUUGUUUUAAACGACGAUCAUAAUUCACAUUUGGGUGCGUUUUCUUUCCGGCUUUUCUUUUCAUCAUGUUUCGAUUGACCAUGAUGACGACUUUCCGUCAGUGAUAUUUCUCCUUCAGGAUCGCUUCAUCAAAGUGUUACUGUGAGGCCGCAUGUGUCUUUUCAUGAGCAGCGACAGGUUUUAUUUAUUUGCUUUCUUUUAUAGGUAUAAAAAUGUAUAUCUUUUGUAAAUAAAUGAAGAGUUUCAAUGGCUUAUUAUAUAAAUGCUGGAGCCAGGUUUAUAUUUUGUUCUUGGGGGGAGGGAAUUAAAAUGUUUCAAAUUGC